GAUAUUUUCUGCAAAUCUGAAACAUGGCGGACACAAACAAAAAGUAUGGUUUGUUCCUCCCGAAGAACAAGAAAUCAGCUGUGAAGACUACAAACGUUUUUGAUGAUGACAGUGAUGAUGACUUGCCAGGUAUGGCUAGGGUCAAUGCCACAAUCAACAAAGAGGCACAGAAGUCAAAGGUUAAGAGACAGACCCAGUUAGCCAUAGAUCAGGCUAUGGAGCAAGACCCUAACGUCUACGAGUACGACAAGAUCUAUGAUUCCAUGCAGAACACAAAAGCAGCAACUGAAGAGGCUGCCAAGGCCAAAAAGGAUAACAAGCCGAAGUAUAUCACUAACUUAAUGAAGGCUGCAGAGAAACGCAAGCUUGAGCAGGAAAAGGUUCAGGAGAAAAAGAUACAGAAGGAGAGAGAGACAGAAGGAGGGGAGUUUGACGACAAGGAAGUAUUUGUCACGGGCAAGUACAAAGAGAAGCUGCAAGAAAUGGAGAAAGAAGCAGAAAGGGAAAGGAGAGAAGCGGCCAUGGAAGAACUGCUGGAUGUGAAGAAACAGAAGGAUAUGAGCGGGUUUUACCGUUAUUUACUGAAUGAGAAAACAGGAGAAAGCAUCCACAAUGGGACAGAUGUGAAAACAGAACCUGAAACUGAAGUAGACACUAGUCGCGUGAAAACAGAACCGGAAUCACCUGAAAAAAGUGCAACUACAAACAGAGCCAAACGCAAUUCCUCAAACGAUUCUUCUGAUGACUCCUCUGAUCCAGAACAAGCAGAAAAAAGGUAUGAAAAGGGCAGGAACCAAAGUUCAAGGUCACCAGACAGGAUGAAGAGGUCAUCAGAGAAAAGAAAAAGAUCAAGGUCUAGAGAAAGAAGAAGUUCAAGGUCACCAAAUAGAUCACACAGAGAAAAAGAUAUGAAUCGAAGUAGUGACAGUAAGCACAGACACUCACGAAGGUCAAGGUCAAAUGACCGACAUUCACAUAAGGACAAGAAACAUCGUUCAUCAUCCAGGGAUAGAAUAAGUAAAUCAUUGAAACGGUCAAGGUCUAGGGAUAGAAAAUCUAAAUCUAAAGACAAAUUAUCAGGUUCAAAUGAAGGAUCUUCAAAACAGCAGGAAGAAAAAGUAGUUUUACUUCCGGAGAAAAACACUGAAGAACAAUCGGGAAAAUCAGAAAAGUCUACAAAGGAUUCAGAAAAUAAAUCAAAGUAUACCAGACAUACUACAGACAAAACCCUCAAUGAUGCUAAAGCACGAUAUCUGGCCAGACAGAUAGCUAAGGAAAAGGCAAGAUCAGCAGUGAAUACGACAGGAGAUAAUUAGCUAUGGACGCCACAGGAGUUAACACUAGAUAAUACUAGAGCAAACCAGUUAUAGACCCCAACAGAGGUUAACUAGAUAAAGUCACCACAGGAGUUAACACUAGAUAUCACUGGAGCUAACCAGUUAUAGACCCCAACAGAGGUUAACUAAUUAAAGUCACCACAGGAGUUAACGCUAGAUAUCACUGGAGCUAACCAGUUAUAGACCCCAGCAGAGGUUAACUAAUUAAAGUCACCACAGGAGUUAACACUAGAUAUCACUGGAGCUAACCAAUUAUAAACCCCACCAGAGGUUAAC